UGCAUUAGGCUGAAUUAGAGGAGAAGCUUAGUCAGGGACAAAUUCAGGUCCAGGGCCAAAACGAUAUCCUCACGUAGGCGCUCGGGACACCAGAGCAUCCUGGACGUGUCAGGGCUGCUGGGUAUGCUAUUACUUCAAAUGUUAUUUAUUUAGUUACACAAAUGAAAUCGUUGCUAAUUUGCAUUUUAUGAUUUGUAGGUUCCUGACCAGGACAUCUCAACUGUUCGGCAGGAAGAAAAGGGAAGUGUCUGAUGUUGUGGCUCGGCAAGCGAAGGAGAUUGAAAAAUUAAAAGCCGAAGUCCAAUCCCUUAAGCAGCAGAGGAACGCUGCCGAACAAGAGGAAGAAGGAGAGGUGGCUGGUGAGGCGUAUGUUCCACAACCAUACGCUCCUCAGGAUGAGGUACAACCACAAAUUUAUGCUGAGGAGUUUAUUUCCCUCAACGACCAAGGUAUCCUAUACAAUUUUGAUGACCAUGCGGCCCUUAAUCAGCAAGUAAAUCUCUGCUCUGACAACAUCGACAAUAUUGUGGCCCGAGGGUAUUUGUACGAGCAUGUGGGUAUGAUCAAAGUUCACUGCCAGGAUUACGAUGAUUCACAUGCCCGGAUCAUGGUUUCGGAAAUCCUGCAAGAGGACGCUGAAAUCCCAGUCCCAAUUGAAGAGUGCAGAUAUGUUAGGGACGUAUACCAGAUGUUCCUUCCUUGGCCUAAACACUUAAUUUUAACAACCGAGGGUCCACUCGCUCAACCGCCCUCAAGACGUGAUGCGUCAAAGGGGAAAGCUCCGAUGCUUUCUCCACAAGGCCGUGGUGCUCAAAGAUAA